CAUUGAAUAAUCAUUCUCUAAACAUCUCCCUCAUUUUUUCUAGUUAGUACUUCCGAACCCUAAUAUUGGUUCAAAACUAUACCCUUUUCCUCUUUCUUAAUUGAAGUCUCUUCUUAAUUGAUUACCGCCCUUCGUUUUUAAUUUGUCUCUGGACUCGGUUCCUGGGUAGACCAGCGCCUACGAAACAAAACAAAAUUCUGCUCUCUCUCUCUCUCUCUCUCUCUCUCUCUCUCUCCUGUUGUUGUUUCGAACUGCAAAUGUGUCUUCUCUCUCCUCCCUAUAUCCCCAAUUGCUGAGCAGUAUAUGCUUAUUUCUCCGGUAGAAGUAGUACUAGUUGUGAAUAAAUCCAACAUUUUGUAAACCGAGUUGGGUAUUUGAUUUCAUGGACGGAAGUGGACAGUACAACCCUCGAACAGUGGAGGAGGUUUUCAGGGAUUUCAAGGGCCGCCGAGCCGGCAUGAUCAAAGCCCUCACCACCGACGUCGAAGAAUUUUAUCAGCAGUGCGAUCCUGAGAAAGAAAAUCUUUGCCUCUAUGGAUUCCCUACUGAGCAGUGGGAAGUUAAUUUACCAGCUGAAGAGGUGCCUCCAGAGCUCCCAGAGCCUGCAUUAGGCAUUAACUUUGCCAGGGAUGGGAUGCAAGAGAAAGACUGGUUGGCUCUAGUUGCUGUUCACAGUGAUGCAUGGUUACUUGCUGUGGCCUUCUAUUUUGGUGCUAGAUUUGGUUUUGAUAAAGCUGACAGGAAACGUCUCUUCAAUAUGAUAAAUGAUCUCCCAUCAAUAUUUGAGGUUGUGACAGGGAAUGCAAAGAAACAAGCGAAGGAUAAGUCAGCAGCCUCGAACCAUAGUAGCAACAAAUCCAAGCCAAACUCAAAAGCGCGAGGUUCUGAACCCCAGGGCAAAAACGGAAAGCCGAAGGAUGAGGAGGAGGAGGGAUUGGAGGAGGAAGAAGAGGAGGACGAGCACGGGGAUACCUUGUGCGGAGCAUGCGGAGAGAACUAUGGUACAGAUGAGUUCUGGAUUUGUUGUGACAUAUGUGAAAGGUGGUUCCACGGCAAGUGCGUGAAGAUCACUCCAGCUAGGGCUGAGCACAUCAAGCAGUACAAGUGCCCUUCAUGCAGCAGUAACAAGAGAGCGCGGCCUUAGAUACCAAUGUGGAUUUUUCUCUUAUCUCGUGCAUGUCUCCUCCAUCUUGCACUCAACUAACUGUUCAGUUUGUCAUUUUCAUUUUUCAUCUCUUACUUUUUCAUGAACUUCUUUUGAAUUCAGUACCAAGGUCCUGUUAAUCUAGGUUUUUUCGGAUACAUCACUUGUUUGCAUCUAUGAAUGUUCUCUGUUUCAUUCUGAUUGAACAUAUUCUCAGUUGUGAAUGUAGGAAUGUUUUCUCAA